CCCAUCGCAUGACGACGUCAAUCCGCGACACGCUCAUUAGCUAGCUGAGUGACGGCUACGACUGUUCGAAGGAGCGGAGCUAACGUCAGCUAACCGUUGCCGGGCUAAUCGACAGCCGACAUACAGAGACAACUGAGUCUCUCUGCCUCAGACACCACAGAGAGGUCUGAGCCUCCGUCAUCAUGACAGACAACAAGCGUCUGGCCUUCUCCAUCAUCCAGUUCCUCCAUGAUCAGCUCCAGUCAGGGAAUCUGACCUCAGGCGCUCAGGAGAGUCUGGAAGUUGCCGUUCAGUGUUUGGAGACGGCGUUUGAAGUUUCGACGGACGACCAGAGCCUCGCCGUCCCCAUGACGUUACCGGAGAUCUUCGCCUCAGCCACGGGACAGCAUCCAGCUGAGUCACAGGUCAACGACUCCACCCAGAACUCUCUCACUGAGGAACAGAGAGCCGAGGCUGAGACGCUGAAAAGUGACGGAAACGACCAAAUGAAGGUGGAGAACUUCUCAGCUGCUGUAGAGUUUUACUCAAAGGCCAUCGCCAUCAACCCUCAGAACGCCGUCUAUUACUGCAACAGGGCUGCAGCCUACAGUAAACUGGGGAACUACUCUGGAGCGGUGCAGGACUGUGAGCAGGCCAUCAGCAUCGACCCAAACUACAGCAAAGCCUACGGGAGGAUGGGUUUGGCUCUGGCCAGCCUCAACAAACACACAGAAGCAGCCAGUUACUAUAAGAAAGCUCUGGAGCUCGACCCCGACAACGACACCUACAAGACCAACCUGAAGAUCGCAGAGGAGAAGAUGGAAACAACCAGUCCAACAGCAGGGAUGGGUGGAGUUGACCUGGCUGGUUUCCUUAGUAACCCCGGCUUCAUGAACAUGGCGUCCUCUCUGAUGAGCAAUCCUCAGGUUCAGCAGCUGAUGUCGGGGAUGAUGUCAGGAGCAUACGGUGGGAUGGGAGGAGGAGGAGGCGGAGGAGGCGGAGGAGGAGGAGGAUUGGGAGCAGGACUAGGAGCAGGACUAGGAGCGGGACUCGGAGGUGCAGGAGGUGCGGCGCCCCCCGGAGCUGCUGGAGCUGGAGAUUUAUCAGGACUGAUCCAGGCAGGUCAGCAGUUUGCUCAGCAGAUGCAGCAACAGAACCCUGAACUCAUCGAACAGCUGAGGAGUCAAAUCCGCAACCGAACGCCCAGCGCUGGAAACGAGGAGCAGCCAUGACACUCAGACACAGUUGGACAGGUGUGUGUGUGUGUGUGUGUGUGGAGGAGAAGAAGAGCUGAUCUGGAUCAUUUCUAACUCGAAGGACUAAAAGGAAGUUGUUCUUUUCUUUGUCCCAUCACUGAAUAAUUCCUGCACGAGACGGCGAGAGGCCCCCCCGCUUCGCUCCGGAGCCGCGUCACCAGAAACGGCCACUUCCUGCGGCCCCGAGGAAGAACGUUUUGACUUAACACUUUGAUAUCGAACACAGAUUCAUGCUAAUAAAUCGUGCUGUAAUAGGAUCGAGAUCCCAGUGUGACACAGCUGAGUUUAAACCGACGCUUCACAGCUCUUCCUCAGACCACACUGAACUCUCUCUGUGUGUGUGUGUGUGUGUGUGUGUGUGUGUGUGUGUGUGUGUGUGUGUGUGUGUGUGUGUGUGUGUGUGUGUGUGUGUGUGUGUGUGUGUGGCUACUUUUGGGAACACAUUUCAGACUAAGGAUCAGUUAAGUGGGGGCAGUUUGUUGUGUCCCCAGUUGCAUCAAAGCUGUUUUGGGGUCAGUGGAGUUAAGCCAAGUGUCCAGGAAAUGAAUGUAAGUCUAAUGUCCCCAAAGAGUGACCUGCGUGUGUGUUUCCGUCAUCAUUCAGUGUGUGAAGCUGCGAGGAGGGGGCGGGGAGGCGGAGCUGCUGAAACAGUCUGAGCAUUAAAACGAGCAUCUCAA